UUUACAUGAUGUGCACUAGUCAGAAGGCACUCGGAGGGGUUUCCUGUCGCCCGUGUGCUGGUGGUGCAUCUGAUCCAUCUGUGUGUUUCCACAGCAUGAGCCGCCGACCAUGAGCCAAGGGACGGCCCUCUUCUCCUUUGGAAUCAUGGAGUCUGGACGCUGGCCGGAGGUGGCUGGAGUGUGUGGUGUCCAGCAGCGGCCCGUGGGCUCCAGUCUGGAGAGUCUGUGGGACAGUGUGAGAGAGACGUGUUCUGCUCGUGAGGCGGGUGCCGCCGGUGGCAUCAGCGGUCUGCUGCGUGACCUGAGUCUGAGCGAAGCGUCUCCGGCCAGCGCCGCGCCGCCCAGUAAACGCCAGUGUCGCUCGCUGUCCUGCUCGGAUGAGCUCGGCUGUCGCUCCUCGUGGCGGCCGCAGGGAUCACGCGUCUGGACGUCCGUGGAGAAGCGCCGCUGCCACAGUGGAGGAAGUGUUCAGCGCGGUGUCUUUGCUCCGUCUGGGUUUCCCACAAUGCAGCGCAGCUCCAGCUUCAGCCUGCCCACACGCAUUGAUCCGCCGGAGACCUUUAGCCACGGCUUCCCUUUCGCUGCCUUCUCCGCGUCCCCGCAGACGCCUCAGGCUCUCUACCUCUCACACGAGCAGAUCUGCCCCACCGAGUCCAGCUCGCCCGACUCCACGCCCGAGCUGGAGCGCCGCCACAGUCAGGGCCUCGCCCGCAGCCAAUCACAGCCCUGCGUCCACAACGACAAGAAGACCGGCGUGAAGCGCAGGAGACCGGCCGACUCUCACAAACACAGGCCUUCACUGGACCUGCUCAAGAUGACACAGAAGCUGCAGGACUUUCACAGUCUCAGCUGUCCAGGAUUCGCUGGAGAAGAGCAGACACUCCACGAUGAAGGUGACGUCACGCCCGACCAGCACCAGACCAAAGAGGACAUCAUCAUCCACCAAUCAGAGGCCAGCUGGCCAGCGGGGCGGAGCAACGGGAAGGAGCGUGAGUUUCUGUGGGCGGGGCUCUGCAGCCGGAGGGGGCGGGACUCAUUCCAGCUGGACGGAGAACUGGACAUCGAGCAGAUCGAGAGGAACUGAGAUGAUUCCCAGCAUUCCCGUUGGAUUAUUAUGGACGAGCGCUUCAGGAAGUGAACGCAGGACACAUGUAAACGACUCAGGGUGAAGCACACGGAGGACGUCACGCAUCGGAGCGUGAGCCGAGCUCUGUGUGCUGCGUGACAACACGCGUGUUUAGACUAGCAGGAGACGACGUGAAAUACACUCGUGCUCUGACUCUCUCUCUCUCACACACACACUCUCACUCACACACACACACACACACACUCUCAAACACACACACUCUCACACACACUCUCUCUCU